CGUGUGAUUUUUGGUCGAGUUUCACCAAGGCACGUCGAAUAUUCAUCGCCUCCAAGGCAGAGAAACGCGAAGAUGUCUAAGUCUUUGAAUUUGGGAUUUGGUUACUUUAUUGACAGUUCCCUACAAACUGCUACCAAACGCUUUUCACACAAGAAACUUUGGUAAGUGGCGAUCGAACAGACACUGACAGAUCGAUUAAAUGGUUUUUCUCAAACUAAGUUAGACGAUUCCAUCCUCAUUAGGAAUGUUUCUCACGACCGCGUCCUUUUUAGAGGAUCUUCUAAACCCAAAUUUGAUUUAAAUUCAAACAUUGUCAUGUUUCGUUAAAUCUACACGUUAAUUAGAAAAACCAUUCAUAAUUCUCAAGAUCAUUUUAUGUAACUCUUGUUGUAACCUUCAUUCUCCCUGAUCAUGACCCCGAGGAUUGUUAAUUUGUUAACACUGGUUUACUGCUCCCUAUUCUUGCUUACAAAGAUUUUUAUUAAACGAGCCAAUAUUUCCUCCUUGCGCCCCUUCCUGGCAAGAUUUCCGCACAUCCCCAUACUUCAUUAUGCAUGCAGUUCUUGGAUAAAAAAAAACAAUGACAAAAAAGGGGAUUGCCUUUAGGAAUACGGCUUUGUUUUAGGAGAGUUUGAUUUUAUACAGAUAUCUUUCCAAGUUCCUUGUUCAACAAAAUAGAAUUGGUAUAUUCUUGUCAAUGAUAUACCCACAUAUUUACAAGCUGGAAAGUUAAUUAGUAAUCAUCUAUCUUUCAUUCAAUGGCCUCAAACAGUGACUCAAGUGAUUGUUGGAAAUUGAUCAUCAGUUAAAAUAAUAGAUACUCAUUAAGUAAAUAAAUUAUAUGCUAGAAAUCUGCAACUAACCAACAGAUUGCCCACUAAUUGAUGAAUCUUUGACUCAACCUCAAUUUCUUAUUUGUAUAGGAAUGUUAUACUUCAUGUUGUGACAUCUUGGCCCAAGGCUUGGGCUAUGCUAUGUAUUGGACGCAAUAUUCUACCCAUCUCUCUCCAGUUGUUACUUAUUAUUUUGAAAUGUCUCCUGUGUAUUGCACAAGAGCCUCCAAUGGGGGUAAGUGCUACUGUUGUAAAUGUCAUAAGUUUAAGUUUUAAGUCAUCUAUAACAAAAAUCACUGCUUUUACAUCCCCAACCCAAGACCCCUAGAGAUUCUAUUUGAGUUUCAUUCAUUCCUUUGAAAAAUUUAGCUUUUGAAUGCCUCCAGGAUGGAUAUGGAUAUAUAUCCCUAAUACGAAAGUUAAUUUUUCUCUUUCACACCCAUACACUCUUGUUAAUUUGAGUGGAUCAUAGAGUACACUGCAGCUCCUUGCCAAGGGCUCAAUAUGCUUCUUUAAAAUUUUAACAUUGACAAAAAGGAUUAACUUUCUUGCACUUUACAGAUAAUGAAAUAAACAUUUGUAACUGUUCAUGCCAAAAUCUGAGUGAUCACUGUUGUGAGUCACGAAUAGAUGGGCCUUUAUAUUGCAAUACAGGAAAGUAAAAUGAUGUAAAUAAGGCUUCAUGUUAAAUCAUCCUUGCUCUUAAACACAUCUACAUGAAUUAAAUUAAUGUUCUCUUUGUUUAUGUUCAUUUCUUAGUUUGUAUAUUCCAUUCUGUACAAUGUCUUGGCAUACUACGCUGUAUAUAUACACACUGGCAUAACAACUUUCCAGGCUGGCAUUGUCAUCAGUUUAUGCCUGGUGCUUCAAUUCUUGGGACACCUUCUCUUCGAAGGUGAAACUCCUCAGAGACUACCAACUAAAGACGACAACUUGCUAUUUAAAAUACUGGAUCUGGCAAAUGAGUUAUUUCUGGCACCAUUCCAUUUCAGUUUAACAUUGUUGAUCAGGUUCGACUUUCUACCAAUUUUAAGGUGGCGCUCAGAUGCGGCAUUACACAAACUUAUAACAUCAACACAAGAGAUCAAGUAUGGCAAAAAGUCACCAUGAGAUGCCAAGUUCAACCACACAACUUGUUUCAAGCAAAAUUUAGGAACUUCUGCUGGAACUAUGACACUGUGUCAAAGCUGAAAGCUAAGCACUUUUAGUUAAUUUUUCCUUUUCACCCUGGUGACUGAAAAGGAAUUUCUCCAGCAUCAAUACAUUUCACAGCAGAGAGGUGUGGAAUGAAAGACAAUAAUCAAAUAAAAAAUUGUUCCUUAGCAAUUUUUCUGAGCUAAAAUUAAUAAAGUUAAAGGUGAAUGGCAAGCAUUGUGGGGAAUUGUUACUUAGAUCUCAAGAAUGAAAGGAUCAGUUUCUUUGUGUACUCAGUGUGUAGUUUAAGAUUUAUGCCCAAUGUUUUGAACUUGAUUCAACAGGAAAUCAGCUGUUGCUACAAUUUUCGCACAGUAGAAAAAUUCCAUAAUAACAUAACAAGGACUGUUUUUAUUGAACAACUGUUCAUAUUUUACCAUUUAGACUAAAUAACAUAACACCCUUUUAUUUAUGGAAGUCUCUGAUAUAUUAUGAUUAUAUAAAGUAAUUUUUUUUAAUUCCAGAGUAGCAUUUGAUUACACAGUCUGAUCAUCCAGAUGCGACUGAUAUCAACUUUUUCUCAUUGUGGCCACACAGACACCCAUGCUUCAAUUCCUGACCCUUGCAAAAUCAAUUUUACAAUGUACACCAAGAAACAACCACUACAAACUAUUUGUUGUGUAAAAUAAUUCAUAAAAUGUCACAGGCCAUAAUUAUGAUUUCCAUUGACUUUGAAGUUUAAAAACAAAGUUAAAAUCUUUACAAUUUUCAAAGAAAGAAAAUGAUGUAUUGCUUUUUUAAUUUUCAGUCACUAAUCUUUGCAAAUAUAUCUAGUUCUCUGAUCAAAUCUGCAAUGAAACAGUGUUGUGAAUUUUACAGUAAAAAUAUAAACCACAUGAGCUUUUGUGAAUGUGAGCCUUUCCUCCUCGAAAACUUCAGGACACUUACUUAUACCUGACC